ACGAAACAGGUUUUGAUUAGAAUCUUAUUCACAAAUUUCCCGUGCAGUUUCAUCAUCCAGCUGCGUGUGGAAGAGGAAACAGUCUGAAAGACACAAGGAGGAGUAGAAAAGACGUACGGAGUAGGACUCCGCCACUAAGUCAGACGGCAUGGCAGGCGUAGCCAGCUUCCAUGGACUAGCCGCCGUUUGCAAGUGCCCAGUCGGGUUGAGAAGUGUCGUGAGGCCUUCAGGAGACGAUGCAUCUCCUGCAUUGAGGGUGACAAAAGGCAAAAUGAGUGUUUUGAAUCAUUGCUUUUGUGUUCUAGUGGAGGGUGAGUUCCUGAGAAGGCACAUCAUGAUGUCAAAUUGCCAACGUGCUGCAGCAAGUUUUUCCACUCUACGAAUUUUCAGAUCUUUUCAUGGAGAGACAAACAAAGAAAGUGGCACCUGCCCGUCGAGAAAUUUCUCCAGCAGUCACAUCAGCAGGCAACCAUGGCACUCCAGGAGGCAGGUAUUUGUUCCGAAAGCAGGUCAUUGCUCCCCGGAGGAGUCGUCGGCUGCAGACAUCAGUGCAUCGCCCAGCAGUAAAGAUGAUUCGUCACCGGAUCCUGGUGAAUUGCUUUCAGUUGUGCAGCGAGAAUCGUCUUCUUUGGGUGGCAGCAAAUGUGUAUCCAUCGAGAGUUUGCAGGACCAUGCCUCCCUGCCGGCAUCUGAAACACCGUCUGGCAUUCUGACAUCAUCAUGUCAGGCACAAUCGGAAUCGUUGGGAAUAAGGCAAUGGAUACCGAGAGUGUCACAACAUGUGGCAGAGCUGUUGCUUGGUGCAUGGUCAGCGCUUCAGCGCCCUGCGGUGAUAGCGGCGCUGGUUUUGUUCUUGGUGUUGCAGAUGCCGAAUGUGGCGCUUGCGGCAAAAAGUGGAGGCCGGAUGGGUGGCCGUUCUUUCUCUUCACAAGGGUCAGGCGGGCCUGCACGUGUUUAUUCGGCACGACCGGGGGCAGGACGAGGAAUGUUCAGUGCACCCUACUCUGCGCCUUCACCUUUCUUUGGUGGGGGCGGGUUUGGGUGGGGGUGGUCACCCUUCUUUUAUAGGGGCCCGACUGUUGUGGUGGGGGGUGGUGGAGGUGGGGGACUAUUUACCCUUCUGCUCUUUGGGGUUGUCGCUGCUUUCCUGUUUCAGACGGUGUCAGGCUUUCUGUCUGACAUGUCUGUCGAUGGGUCCACGUCUCUGUUAGGCGGCGAGCGGAUCAGCGUUGUGAAACUGCAGGUCGGGCUACUGGGCCUGGCUAGAUCGCUGCAGAGAGAUCUUGAUAGGAUUGCUGACAGGGCGGACACCUCAUCACCUCGUGGUCUGCAUUAUGUGCUGCAGGAGACGGUGCUGGCCUUGAUGCGGCAUCCGGACUAUUGUGUCUAUGGAACGAGCUCAGCACAAACAUAUAGAGGAGUGGAGAAGGGAGAGGAGAGAUUUAAUCAGCUGUCUCUGGAGGAAAGGAGUAAGUUUGAGGAGGAAACGAUGGUGAAUGUGGAUAGCAGGGUCAGGAGAUCAUCGCUGUCGUCAUUAGGGAAGGAACGGUUUAGCAACGAGUACAUCGUAGUAACAAUCUUAGUUGCAGCAGAUGGAGAUAUCAAAGUCCCAUCAAGGCUGAAUAAUCUUGACGACUUGCGGGCUGCAUUGUCAAAGCUAGGGGCCAUUCCAGCCGAUCAGAUCCAGGCCGUUGAAAUCCUGUGGACCCCCCAAGAUAUGGGGGAUACCCUGACGGAGAGGCAGAUGCUUCGCGAUUAUCCGCAGCUGCGAAGUCUAUGAACAAACGAGUGAGCUGGAAAAACUCAGUCGCAACACAUCUUUCUGACAGAUAUCGUUAAUCUGUGUGCCAUACCACUACUAGCUAUACUACCGGAAUAUUUGUGUAUCCUUUCCUCCACCAACUGGCUUAGCUCAGUUGGUACACCCCUGAACUGUUGAGAUACAGACCUGAGUUCGAACUCCACUGGACGAAGAUGAGUAAAAUAUUACAAUUCUUUUUUUUUCCUUUCCUCCUAUGCCACUUAACUUGACAUUUGUGUGGAGGCAAAAACGGUACAGCUGAACCUUCACCUUCAAGGCAAUGAAGAUAUUACAUGGUG